CAGUCAUGUGAUCAGCUGUGUCCAAUCACAGCUGAUCACAUUGAGCAUCAGGGCACUGAUUAUCAGUGUGCCCUGAUGAGCAGUGUGGCCCCAGAAGUGCCAGCAGUCAGUGCCCAUCAGUGCCAGCAGUCAGUGCCCAUCUGAGCCGCCAGUAAGUGCCGCCAGUCAGUGCCAUGUAUCAGUGCUUCCUUUCAGUGCCCAUCAGUGAUGCCUGUCACUGCCCAUCAGUGCAGCCUCAUUAGCGCACAUCAGUGGAUAAAAAUCACUUAUUUACAAAAUUUUUUAA